CCUCCCCUCCCCCGACCGCCGGCCGCGCCUCCCCCGCCGCCUGCAUGGGGCUCGCCCAGCCCGCGCCCCGGCUCUGCGGCUCACAGGCGCAGGCGGCGCUGCCCGGCCCGGCGGAGCGGCUGCACGGAGCGGCGGGGAAGGGCUCGGCCAGCUCCCCGGCGCCCGCUCUCGCACGGACCCGCCAUCCCGCGCCGCCGCCGCCGCCGCCGCCAAAUGGGUUCGCUCCGCGUGAUGCUGUCGUGCCUCUUCCCCCUCAACUGCUGGCUCGCGGCCGUGCGGGCGGCCAGGACGGAAGUGCAGAUUGCAAAGGACGGUUCCUCUCACAUGUGGUGUCUGGCUCGGUGGCAUCAGGGAGUGGUGAAGACUGCCAUCCCUCCACCCCGCACUCAGCUCGGCAUAGGGUGGCCCGCAGCACCCUGAAUGAGCCCCUGCACCAAGGUGGAGCUGAAAAUCGCUUGCUUUAUUUCAACGUCACUGUCUUUGGAAAGGAACUGCAUCUCCGUGUGAAGCCCAACCAUCGGCUGGUACCACCUGGGGCCUCAGCCGAAUGGCAAGAGGAUUUCCAAGUGCUGUUCCGAGAGCCCCUGCAACAGGAGUGUGUCUUUACAGGGGAUAUCUCAGCCAUGCCUGGUGGCUUGGUGGCCAUCAGCAACUGCGAUGGACUGGCUGGUCUGAUUCGAACGGACAGCAAUGAGUUUUUCAUUGAGCCCCUGGAGAAGGGGCAGCAGGAGAAGGAAGAGAAUGGGCGAGCACAUGUGAUCUACCGCAGAUCUGCUAUCAGACAGGACAGAGCAGACUCACACAAGGACCUUCAUACUGAAGUUCCACGCUUCAGUGUGGGUGAGCUCCCAAACUCACUGGACCUAAUUGAAGACCAGUUGGGUGAAGUGGAGCGGAAGAGACGCCAUGCCAAAAAAGAUGACUACAACAUUGAGGUCUUGCUGGCAGUGGAUGACUCAGUCGUGCGUUUUCAUGGGAAAGAACAUGUCCAGAAUUACGUCUUAACGCUUAUGAACAUAGUGGAUGAAAUAUACCAUGAUGAGUCCCUGGGAGUUCACAUUAACAUUGUUCUGGUCAGAAUGAUUAUGGUGGGAUACCGACAGUCUGUCAGCCUGAUUGAGCGAGGGAACCCUUCUCGGAGCCUGGAGCAGGUCUGCCGCUGGGCUCAUUCCCAGCAGCGCUCAGAUCCAGAGCAUGCUGAAUACCAUGACCAUGCAGUAUUCCUCACCAGGCAAGAUUUUGGUCCUGCAGGUAUGCAAGGUUAUGCUCCUGUCACAGGUAUGUGCCACCCUCUACGCAGCUGCACUCUCAACCAUGAGGAUGGAUUCUCCUCAGCAUUCGUGGUUGCCCAUGAGACUGGCCAUGUGUUAGGUAUGGAACAUGAUGGCCAGGGGAACCGAUGCGCAGAUGAGACCAGCAUGGGGAGCAUUAUGGCACCAUUAGUGCAGGCUGCAUUCCACCGCUACCACUGGUCCCGAUGUAGCAAGCAGGAAUUGAACCGAUACAUACAUUCCUAUGACUGCCUCCUAGACGAUCCCUUUGAGCACCAGUGGCCCAAGCUCCCAGAGCUCCCAGGAAUCAAUUACUCCAUGGAUGAACAAUGCCGCUUUGACUUCGGUGUGGGUUACAAAACAUGCACGGCUUUCAGAACCUUUGACCCUUGCAAGCAGCUGUGGUGCAGCCAUCCAGACAACCCUUACUUCUGCAAAACCAAGAAAGGGCCCCCCCUGGAUGGGACCGAAUGUUCCUCAGGCAAGUGGUGUUUCAAGGGUCACUGCAUCUGGAAGACUUCAGAACAGCCUUACAGCCAGGAUGGCAGCUGGAGUUCCUGGUCCAAGUUUGGUUCCUGCUCUAGGACGUGUGGGGGUGGGGUCCGCUCCCGCAGCAGGAGCUGCAACAACCCACCACCAGCUUAUGGUGGGCGAAAUUGCCCCGGAUCCACUUAUGAGUACCAGAUCUGCAAUACUGAAGAGUGCCAUGGACCAUAUGAGGAUUUCCGUGCCCAACAGUGCUCCAAGCGCAACUCUUACUAUACCCAUCAGAACUCCAAGCACACCUGGCUUCCCUACGAGCAUCAUGAUGAUGCUCAGAAGUGUGAGCUGAUUUGUCAGUCUGAGGGAACAGGAGAUGUGGUAUUCAUGAACCAAGUUGUUCACGAUGGUACCAGAUGCAGCUACAGAGACCCCUACAGUGUGUGUGUCCGGGGAGAGUGUGUGCAUGUUGGGUGUGACAAAGAAAUUGGCUCUCUGAAGCAGGAUGACAAGUGUGGUGUUUGUGGGGGUGACAAUUCCCACUGUCGGACAGUGAAAGGGACUUUGGUUAAAACCCCCAAGGAGCCAGUGGGUGUUUUGAAAAUGUUUGAGAUUCCAGCUGGGGCCAGGCACAUUCAGAUAGAAGAGAUGGAGCCAGCAUCCCAUAACAUUGCUGUUAAGAACCAAGGCUCUGGUAACUUCAUCCUAAAUGCCAAGGGAAAAGAAGCCAAAAGCAAAACCUUCCUUGAGAUGGGCUUGGAAUGGGAAUACACCAUAGAGAAUGGCAAAGAGACCUUGAAAACUAGUGGGCCCCUACAUGAAGCCAUCAGUGUUCUGGUUAUCCCACAGGAAGAUGAAUUUAUGAGCAGCUUGAUGUAUAAAUACAUCAUCCAUGAGGACUUGCUGCCUAUGAUUGGAAACAAUAAUGUCCUUCUUGAAGAGAUGGACACCUACGAGUGGGCUCUCAAGAGCUGGUCGCAGUGCUCCAAGGCUUGUGGAGGAGGUAUCCAGUACACCAAGUAUGGCUGUCGGAGGAAAAGUGAUAAUCGGAUGGUGCAUCGGAACUUUUGUGAUAAUGGCAAGAAGCCCAAGCCAAUCCGGAGGCGAUGUAACCUGCAGGAGUGCUCCCAGCCCAUCUGGUUGGCAGAAGAGUGGGGAGCCUGCAGCAAAUCCUGUGGCAAGCUGGGCAUUCAGAUGAGGGUUGUGCAGUGUGUCCAACACCUCCAGAAUGGCACAAACCGGACGGUGCACACCAAGUAUUGCACAGGAGAGCGCCCUGACACACGCAGGCCUUGCAACCGCUUACCAUGUCCAGCCCAAUGGAGGACUGGGGCCUGGUCCCAGUGCUCAGUAAGUUGUGGAGAAGGUAUCCAGCAGCGUCAGGUGGUAUGCAAAGCCAGUGACAACAGCAUUGGUCAGUGUGAGGGUGAGAAACCAGCAACCAUCCAAGUCUGCAAAAUGCCGGUAUGCCCAGGAAAGCAACUAAGUAUUACAGAGAAUGCUGACAACAGUGAUCACGUGACUCCUAAAGUCCAGUGGGUGCCACAGGAUGGGCCCAAAAAUCCCGUUAACAAGGUAUCUUCAAAGGAGCCUUGCCUUGGAGACAAGUCCAUAUUCUGCCAGAUGGAAGUUCUGGCUCGCUACUGCUCCAUCCCUGGCUACAACAAACUCUGCUGUGAGUCUUGUGGUAAGAAGGUCUCUGCCACCAGCUUGCCGCCCAGCACAGCCCAAGGUGCUUUAGAGACUGGAUUGCAGGACGACACCAUCCUUCCCAGCCCCAUUCCAGCGUUGCCUGUUCAUCCUACUGUCCAGAACCACCCACAGAGGAUACAAGGCAGGGCUGCCAAAGAGACAGAUAAAUCCCAGGCUGCUUAUGCUUUGCCUCCCAGUAUGGAAGGUUCAGCUGCACAUGGAGCCGCUUGGGCUAAUAUUGCCACCCAUUCUCGGGGCACUGCAGUCAGUGGUACUUCAUACGUGGACACCUCAAGAUUACUACCUCCUAGCCGGCAGGCUGCAGCAGGGCAGAGUUCUGGGGAGCUCUCAGGCAGCCUUGCUUUUCAUUGGUUCCCUACUGCCUUGAGCAAAACUUCUGCUGUUGUGCAGAGUGAAAGUGAGUCCUCUUUUCCUUCCCAGGGUGCAGUGCAGCAGCGAAGGGACACUACAGGGUCCAAGCAGCCAAGUGGCACUCUCAGGACCUCUUCCCCUGUUGUGACAUGAAAUGGUUUUCCCAGUGUCUCUCUCUCUGACAGUUUACAGGGGCAGAGCUGCCAUGGUUCUGAGCUGCUUUCGGGAAUCAGUGAGAUACACAUUUGAAAAAUGAACAGGCAAGCAAAAAAAAACUACAGGAAAAAUGGCUUCAUUUUAUAAUUUUUUUGGCUGUGGCACUUUUUAAUUCUUUAUUGACAAAAAAAAAAAAAAAAGAAGAAGAUCAGAGGAAGAAAUGGCACCGUUUACUGUGUCAACCACAAACAAUGGCUGAGCUCACAUAGCUAAAGUAACCUGGGGUUGGUUACUUCCAAGUGCAGCUUGAGGUAAAGGGGCCAUUUCCUUCCAAGGUGCUACCAAGAGGCUUUUUCAAGCAAUAAAACAAAACACGCCAGAUAAGGAUCUUUACUCCUCAGCUCAGUUCUCACUCAUCGGCUGCUAUUCUCCAGGCAGCAAGGGCCACAGUGGACCCCAAAAUCCUUUGGGAAAUGGUGCUGCAAAUAUAUUUUUCUAUUCUUAACCUCAGUGAAAAGCAGAGCAGAGGGCCAUGUUGACUUGUACUCCCUACAUAUGAACUGGGGAGACCCUAUGCAAAAAGCAGGGUAGGGGGAUAGGCUAUCAGCAGUCUGAUCCAGCUGGGGAGAGGGGUGGGGGUGGUGCAUUGUGCAAGUGGUGGUGUGUUUGCUUUCCCUGGAGUGGAGGGGAGGGGAAUGUGUGGUCCUUGGGCUACUUAUAUUGCACUUAUAGCCUCCUUUCCAUCUGUAUAGGGUACCCUUUGGAGGCUGGUGGCCUGCAUGUGUGUCUGCAGGGUCUAUUUAGUGUGGCAAUGGCAAGGAAAGUCACCAGUAAGAACAGACAGAAUGGGGAGAGGGUUGGGUUGGGUGGGGUGUUAUUUGCAGAGUGAAUCAGGGAUUAACUAAAUAUGAGAGACACAUUUUCUGUUUCUAAAGGAACUGUGUAGCCCGUGUGUAGAACAGUUUGAUUAGAGACAUUUGGCUCUUCACAGCACACUUUACUUUUCAUUUGAAUUUUGACUGUGGGGGUGAGAGUUUGUCUUCUACAUCUGUUUGGUAAGGUGCUGAUCCCAGUCAAUGUGGGGAAAAGUGCAGUGGUGACCCAGGUGUGCAUGAAAAACCUAAGAUUUACUUGGGGAGAAGAUCAGGGACUCUCCUAACAACAGGGAUGGGAGCAAGAAUGAGUGAAUGUUUAUCAUCAGGUAGUUAACACGGGUAUCAUUAAAACUGCCCAAGUUUUGCCUCAGGCCCCGUCCAUAGCUUUAAAAAUGUGUCUGAAAGGAAGCUGAAAAUAGCAAUUAUAGGCAAGCCCUAAUCUCUUUCUUGUUGGGUAGUCAGGGAAAGGAUCCAGUGGCUCCAAGCUCUUGAAAUGGUCAUUCAAUUAUAUGGCACUCAGUGUCCCAUACCAUGAGUGUCCUUAGGCAAUGGCCAUGUUCUUGGUUCUCACAGUCUAUAUAUGCUCUUGUUUUUCCUCUUCUCUUAUGUGGGGGGACUGAGCUACUGAAGAGGAAUGGGUCUGACACCUCUGGUAGCUGCUAAUUUCUUCUAUUGUAGGGAACUGUCUCUGGCACAGGAGGCCCCUGAGAAUUGCUUCCUGCCAGGAAAUGGAAUAAAUGAAGUGUGUUUCUUGCAUCCUGAUCAAAUAUUUAUAUUAUUCCCUUUUUAAUGAAAGACUGCUGGUCAUGGACAACCAUGGUAUUGGAUGCAUUAGAAUAAGCCUUAUGGGACUGCUUUUCUCUGUGUCUAAACCCUCGUUGGAAUGGGACAGUGUAUAACUUGGUCUCCAGACCCAUUCACUCCAAGGUCUCUGUGUUGAGACUUCUUACAUGGGAAUCAGUGGUAAUGUGAGCACAAAUCCAUUAAGAACGGGGGUAAACACCACACAUUUAUUUUAAAAACACUUCUAUUCAACAUUGUCUUGAACCAGCUUUGAACUGGUAACCAGGUCCAGUGUUCCAGUAGUAAACUCCUGAGCUUUAGACCCUUCUCCUUUAUAUCUGCUCCUUGCAUGUCCUCAAGGCCCAUUUUCCUGGCUGUAUACCAAGUGUGUGCUGUGUGCCAAAACAGUGAACUAUGUAUUGGGUAGUGCACAGCAUCGUCACUGUGCAGGGGCCAGGACCAGCUCAGCCUUCAGAAGAGUUGAGUAAGGGCAGAAGAAUUUCAACCCCAUUUUAUUUUAUGGAUUCUUUCUCUCUCUCUUUAGCCUCCCACAGUCUUCCUGUUUGCCAGGUAUAGGGAAAAGAAGCUUAUGCCUCAUAUCUUGUGGCUACAAAUUUGGUUUUUAAUUCACAAAUAUUUUGAAUGCACAGUGAGUUUAUUGAGGGAGUUGGAGCUAGUAACUGGUAAUGUGUGAUGGACAGAGCCUUCUGGGAUAUCAAAGGGUAGCCCUUGUGGCUGUUUUCAUUUUGCUAAAAGCCUCCCCAUAAGUGUAACAAUUGUCUCUGUACCAAAAUACCUCAGUCUCCAAUUAUUUAUCCUCACUACCAUGUCUGAGCUUAUGCCAGUAGUAGCUACUGAGGAAAACAGAUCACAGAGAAGGACUAAGUCAUUUUGCUUUGAUUAAAAAGGCAGAAAAUGGCAUAAAUAUUGCAACCAGAUGUAAAGGAAAAAGGAAAACAGCUAGCACCUGUAGAUUUUCACUUUCAUGGCAUGGGGGAGUGGAGCACACUAAUGUAAGAUGCAGAGCACUAUACAUUUACACAGCACUUUAGAAACACAUGGCUGAAUCCUGCUUUUUAUAGGACAACUUCAGACCUUCUACUUAUCUGACAUGCAGGCAGAGUUUGGCUUGCUGUACAAGAUAUGACAUGUUCAUAGUCUGUAAUUCCCACCAGCAGUAUAUAGCUUUAAAAAUGUGGCUGAAAGGAGGUUGAACAUAGGGACUAGUAACACAUUCCUGUCUCUUCAUUGUGGGGUGAAGCUAGGUGCCCCAAGGUUUUUUUAAAUGGUUGUUUAAUUAUAUGGAGUCCAUUAUCCUUAGGCUACCAGUGCAUUCUCACAAUAUCCCUGCUUCUGCUGCCACAGAAAUCAGGCAAAACUGAGGAACAGGAAGAAGAUAUGCAAGGUACUGAAUAUCUGCACUAGAGACAGAAGUUACAUACAAACUGGUACAAGUGAUCAGAAACUGGUUCAAAUCUGUAAUACAACAGAAGUUCAGUGCACAUAAAUCACUUUCAAAAUGGUCAAAACUGGUUUCAGAUAAACCUGGAUAGAUAUAGUAUCAGACUUAACUAAUUUAAUUUAAAUUAGUUUACUGAACUUCUGUCCCAGAAGUUCUAAGUCUGUACUUAGCCCUGCAGAGAAGGGAAGAAUGCCUUCAAGUCUCAGUGACUUUGGGGGGAACUAGAGGCUCUCCAAAAAUCCUGCCAGUUUUUGGCACUUUUUAGGGUCAGGAGCUAAUUUGGAUGAGAGAGAGAGAGAGAGAGAGAGAAAUGAGUCAAGACAGUCCAGAUGGAAAACAAUGAGGGAUUAUUGCUAUUGAGAAUCAUGUGGGAACAAUUGUUGGCAUACCAGGUUCUAAGGAGGGUUCUGAAGAAAAUGUCAGGAUUUAGCAGAUUUAUACUGGAAUGUGAAUCCAGUUCCACAUCUUUCACAGAAUGACAUCAUUUUGUCAAAGUUUGUAUUCAUCAUGGGCUUGCUUCUGCUCUCACCUAAGUCAGACGGAAAAUUCUCCAUAUAUCUGCAGUGGAACCAGAGCUGGGACUUGUGAGUUGUCGUGGCUGUUAGUAACAGCUGAUAUGUAGUAUUCCUCAGAUGUUGGACUGCAAACUACUUGGAACUGAAGGUCAGUUUGAGGUUAGUAAAGAUCCAAUCCAUCCCAUGCCUCUUGCAAAGUUCUGAGAGUCCUGAUCUCUUGACUUCACUGUUGAGGACAGUGUUCUGUGGUACUCAGCAUUUUCAAGUACUAGGUUCUACGUGAUUGUCUAUCCAUGCCUGAGACUAGAAGGGUCAUUUUUCCUCAGGUUAUGUUGCAAAUAGAAACUAUAUGUUUGAAUCAUAGAAUCACAGAAAAUCCGAGUUGGAAGGGACCUCAGGAGGUCACCUAGUCCAACCCCCUGCUCAAAGCAAGACCAUCCCCAACUAGUUAAUCCUAGCCAAACCUUUGUCUAUCUGGGUCUUAAAAACCUCCAAGGAUGGAACUUCUAUCACCUCUCUGGGUAAACUGUUUCAGUAUUUUACUACUCUCCUAGUGAGCACAUUUUUCCUGAUAUCUAACCUAAACUUCCCUUGCUGCAACUUGGCACUGUUGCUCUUUGUUCUGUCAUCUGCCAUCACUGAGAACAGUCUAGCUCCAUCCUGUUUUGAACCCCCCUUCAGGUAGUUGAAGGCUGCUAUUAAAUCUCUACUCAGUCUCCUCUUCUCUAGACUAAAUAAGCCCAGUUCCAGCAGUCUUUCCUCCUAAGUCAUGUCCCCCAGCCCCCUCACCAUUGUUGUCACCCUCUGAUAGACUCUGUCCAAUUUGUCCACAUCCUUUCUGUAGCGGGGGCCCAAAAUUGGACACAGUACUCCAGAUGUGUCCUCACCAUUGCUGAAUAGAGAGAAAUAGUCAUUUCCCUUGAUCUGCUGGCAACACUCCUACUGAUGCAGCCCAGUAUGCUGUUAACUUUCGUGGCAACAAGGGCACACUGUUGGCUCAUAUUCCGCUUAUUGUCCAUUGUUUGGCUAGUGCUUUUAGAAUUUUAAUUUUAAAUCUAUUUGCAAAAAGGUCUUCCCCUGAUGUGAAUGGCAAGUCAUACACACCAGGUUUUUCAGAGGAACAAAAGGAGAAGAAACCUUGAAAUAAACAAUAAUCUGUGAAACCAGCCAAAACAGUCCCAUUGAGCCCUUUGGGAGGAGUGGAGAACAGUGAAAAUGGUUCUGACUUGGCUGCCUUUUACUUUUUUGUGCCCAUUUUAUAUUCUAAUUCAGAAGGAAAAAAACCCAUCAAUGUUGAGUGUUUGUGGUGGCUGUGGUUUUCUGCACUGUGGCAGCUGGCUGCGGUGGUAAGGAAUGGUCUAUAUCAGUGGUUCUCAACUUUUUUUGAACCAGGAUCCAUUUGUAAACACUGAUUGCCAGUCCUGACCCAGUAAAUAGUUAAGUAGCAAACAGCCCCCUGGCUCUACCCACAUUUUUCUCUUUUAAAUAAUCCAUUUUUAAAGUUUGUUCACAACCCUUUCAUAUAUUCUUGUGACCCACUUUUGGGUUGUGACUCAUGGGUUGAGAAACACUGGUCUACAUGAUCCUGAGAUAGGAACAGCUGGCCAAUUAUACGGGUAUGUCUAUACCAAGUCUCUGGUGCUCCUGGGGGUGACUCUCUUGAGCAUGCCCUGCCCACCUGCUUCCAAUCGCACAUGCAAAAGCUGGAAAUGCAGCAGUGAAGCCACUCCAGAGGCACAUCCCUGGUUAUUCUCAAGACCUGUCUCCAGUGUGCUUGAAAACAACCAUAUGGAUGACAACAUUUCACGACUUCAUUCCAGAUUUCCUUGUGGGAGUGGGUUGGCAUGGCAGAGCAUGCAUGAGAGAAUCCCUCCAUGAGAGUAUGUGGGAUGGAGUCAGUAUGAGUCCCAAAAAUCCCAGCUUUGUGCUCUGGAGGAUACCCUCAAGUUCCUUAAAGCCAGUAUGUAAAGUAAGCGUAAGAUUAGGAAGUCGUACACUAUGCCUGCUACUUAAAUAAUAAUACUUGCCUAGCUUAUUAGAGCCAGUUCACUUCUGUUAUAAGGGUUGAAGCUGUGGAAGAUCAGAUUCAUUAAUGUAGGUGUGCUUGCUUUUGAUCCUGUCUGUCUUAGGGGUGUUGAAAAUCAUGCACGUUUUAAUUGGAAAAAAUAAAUACAUGUAUAUGCCAUUUUAAGAAUCAGGCUGAUACAACCCACUCUCUCUCUGACAUACUUUCCCUAACCUGAGAUAUACCUAUGCCUAAAACAGGCCUAAUGAAAGUGGAAACUUGAUUGGCUAGUAAUGGUCCCUCUAAUUCACCUAACCUCUACAACCACGUGAUGAAGGCCCCUUUACAAAAUAUGACAAGGAUUUAAGACAUAGCAGGAAAUACAAUAACAGAAUGAUCAUGUUAAAAGUAUGCAGGUUUCUGAUAUUGUUAUAUGCUCUUUCAUUCAUUUUCUGCACACCAGUUGGUGUAAACCUAAAAUAACUCCAUUAAAAUCAGAUCUGCUUGACUGUAACAGGUUGUAAUCUGGCCUAGACUUCUUCUAACUACAAAUAGCACAUCCUUAAUCCCGCAUUAAUUAAAGUAUAUUUAUUAACUCUCUAAUAGUGUGCAGGGAUGAUAGCAUGCACUUAUGAUGCCAAAGAUAAUGCUUCAUUUUUUAUGGUGUUUAUUCCUUAAGGGCCCUCACCUAAAACAUGUCUUUCGAGGUACUUUACCUUGAAGGCAACACACUCUGGGAGCAAUAGUUGGGAUAUACUGUGUAGUCCUCUACCUCUGUUUAUAGUCAGUGGUCAGCCCUGUCUAUAUUCUGAGCAGGUUCAAUAAUGCCAGAACAAGUCCACUUUAGCCCCAGCCUCUGUUUGAACAAGGUAGGAGCAAAUCUAAAUAUCAUCAAGAACUACACCUAGUGCAUCAGCAGGGGUAAAACUUGGAAACUUGUAAUCUGUAGAGUCAAACUAACAUAUUGAUUUAUUAAAACAUGCAUGUAAUUGUUCUGAGUCACUGCAUCAGCUCCCAAGUCAGGAUGUGAAUCAGUAACUUGUGAGCCAAGUUUGCUACUUUUGGUUUGACUUGUAGGGGAAGCUGAGAGGAAAGAACUCUUCCCUGAUGGAGACUGUAACAUAUACCUCUCCUGCUAGUUUUACAAAAGUAUGAGAACUUGCUACAAAAAGAGGAAUCGUUCUCUACAUUAGGGUGGAGAUGGACGUAGAUUCUUUAGUUUUCCAGUUGUGAAGCAAAAUUUAUUUGACCCAUUCAACCCUUCCUUCUGCCUCACAAAGCCCUGCAUGUGUCAAACAAACAAACAAAAAAUCCCCCUAGAUCAUUAGCUGCAAUGUUUCCAGGUUAUAGGACAUGUGCAAUGUCUUGCAUCCAUGCUCAACUGUUGUUUUAGGCAUAGUAUGACAUUUGCAAUGGUUCUUUGCAACAGCUGGGAGCAAUAAUUCCUUUUUACAGGGCUGGCGGGGUGAGUGCUGUCUACUGUAGUUGUUCCCAGUAUUAGCAGGAUAUUAGCAGCUGCCUCAGUUCACCCAUCCCUGCUACCUACAUUCCAUUGUUCAGUGCUUUGUGUUUGGAAAUUACCCCAAGUUCUCAUUCUCUACAGCAUUACUGAGCACAACAGGCAGUGCUUUGGAGUCCCAGAUCACACUGCAACAGUGGUUGUAAGACAUUGUAUGUGGAUGUAAUGGGACAAUUCUACCAAAGUAUGGACUUGCUAACUCUAUAAGGACAAGAGGCUAAAAAAUGUAAUGCAAAAUAAAUUACUUUCCUGAUUGGUCUGGACCCAUCGUAGGUUGAGAACUUGCUUGAUAAAGGCAAGCUCUUUGCAAUCACCACCAUAGCUGGGCACAACAGUGAGUAAAAUGUGGGGGAAAGGCAGGGAUGUGACAGCAGCUCAUAAUACUGUGUGUGUGUGGGACAGGCCACCUGGCCAAAUCUCUGUAACCUAUUGCAAUCAAGCUUUGCUCCCUUCCUCCCUAAAGAAGACUGUAUGUUGCAGCUGAUGCUUAACAAGUUGGGUGGUGCUAAGGACUUGGGAUGGUUUCCUAUCUCCUCCUGGGCUGAUGAACACGUCAAAUCAUUCCUGUGCUGUAACCUUGUCCAGUGUUAUAAUGUAUAAAGUUUUGUACAUAUAAGAUUCAGAGCUUUUUAAUUUUUAAUAUUUAUUAAUUUGUUGGGUUCUUCUUUUUUUAACUCUAACAAUGUAAAAAAUCCACACAAACCCCCUCUUUUCUGUUGGCUUAUUUUUGAGGGUGGGAGGGAAAUAUAUCAUGUAAGUACCGA